AUGCCUGUAAAGAACAACCUCACCAUCUACAAUGACGUUUACAGGAGUGCAGUAAUGGAAUAUGGGAUGUGGGACCAGGUCAGAGUGGAUCAUGGAAAGGAGUUCUACCUCACUCUUUUCAUGCAGGAGAAGUUGGCCAGCCACCGCCACAACACUGAAAGGCCACCAUAUCUCCAAACACCAUCAACAAAGAAUCACAGAAUCGAGAGAAUCUGGCCAGAAAUCAACAACCGGGUUAACUACCCGUUGAAAGCUGCAUUGGUCCAACUGGUGGAUCAGGAGGAGCUGGACAUGGAGGACCAGAUGACUCUGUUCUGUGUGUCAUCUUUGACAUGCCAGUUGGCCCAGAUCGGUGUUAACCGAACUGAGCAAGCAUGGAAUGCACACAGGAUUCCUGGGAGGGGGAUACCAAAUUACUUGGCCAGAGAUGGAUGCACAAAGAAGCUGUCGACAGACCUUUUGCCAAAUGCAUCUGUGGCUGCAGACUGGUACGACCAGGAAGUGGGCUCACUGACACGAGUGUCAGACUUUGGCACCAACCCAUUUCAAAGGUCACAGGACCAGGAAGCUGCAGUGAGGGAAUUUGCUCUGCAGUGCCCUGAUACAAGUGUACUGCUGGACAAUGCAGUGAAUAAUCUGCCACAACCGUUCAAAGAUGGACUCAAAGCCCUCAUCGACAUCUCAAGGAGAAGUUGUCAACGCUGAUGUUUUUUUGUGUGUCUAAGUUGUUAUUGUCUGUGCUUUUUAAUUUAUUGGUUCAACUGACGGGAUGUUUUUUUCUUUUCUUCAAAUGUUGGGGGUUUAAAGGGAGAAAUAUGUUCUUUUUGAAUAAACACUUCUGUC